GCCGGGAUUCGGUUCACAGUCCAAGUUCGUACCGUGUCAGGUGAAGAUGAUGAUCCGCUCACUCAAUUAACGACUCGCACCUUCGCCACCGCGCUACGUCAUAAGUGCAAUACUCUACUCGGUUUCUAUCUAGUCCAUUUCAUUUCAAUUCAUUCCAUUUCGAUACGAUUCGAUUUCGAUUUGGCAAUCGUCUGGAGGUAAACAGGCAUAAAUUGGACGCUCUACAGUAAACAAAGGCACUAGUCGGAGCGAAAAAAAGAUCGCCAGUCGAGAAUGUCUCUUCGAAUGGCGCAGUUCUGCAUUUUGGGGAUCCUCCUCAUCCUCUCGGUGGCGCGCAGUUCGUGGGGAAUUCACGAGGAGACCCAUUACCCGUGUGCCUUCAUCGAUACGGCAAAUAUUACAGGGAGCUACGGUUUGGACGGUCCCUAUGUGCACAACUGGACAGUGAUUCCCCGCCACUUUGUGGCCGUUUACGACUUUGUCAUCGAGAAUGGCAUUCGGAUUCCGGCACCGAGACACUUGAGGGGUUGCAUCUGCAAGACGAAACCCUGUGUGCGAAUUUGCUGUCAGGAGGGUGAGAUCUACGAUCUGGAGAGGAGACAGUGCUUGGUACCAACCAGCCAGGUGGCAGGUCCUCCCUCGCAGAGCCACAUGGAGGUGGAGUUGAACAACGGCAGUCUGCGGGAUGUGGAACUGUUGCCGCGCUUCAGCGUCCAUGUAGAAACGCCAUGUGAGCACAUGAAGGCAGUCACCAAGGGAUCGGAGUACGUUCACUGGACACUCCACGAGAACGGAACCAUCAGCCAUCGGGGUCACAUAUUCUCCAAGCACUACUGCUUCACCCCGCUGCUCCAUGGGAACUCCACCUGGGAGUGGCAACCCCUGGCCUGCGCCCCAGAAAAGCUUAAUUUUGUUCUCGGGGUGCGGGAAUGGACCUACGCCAUAUGCCUCUUGAUCGCGAUACUAUCCAUGUUUAUUGUGCUGAUCGUGUACCUUUUGUGCUCGGAGAUGCGCAACAGUUUCUACGGUGUGGCCAUAAAGGCGUACGCCAUCUGUAUGAUCGUGGGAUAUGCCCUGUUGGCCUAUCUGACUCUCCACAACCCGGCGAAUAUCUCGAAUGCAGUUUGUCGUAUUCUGCCCAGCUUGACGCUAAUGUUCUUGGUCCUAUCUUUCUACAUACUGAGCUUCAUUGCGUUUAAGCUUUACCUAAGCUUCCAUGGCGUGGUCUUUACGAAACUGAUGUUCUGGCUCAUCUUCAUGCCCAUCGUAAUAAUCGCCGUGGGUUGGUCCUGUUUUGUCAGCUUUAGUUAUUACGGUUCUCGGCUGAUCUUCGGAGGUGAUACUUGCUGGUUUGAUCCUCGCAAUUGGUCCAUUAUGAUCUACCUAUACGCUCCCGUUUUUGUGGCCUGUGCCAUCAGUGGAUUCUUCUAUAUCCUCACCCUGAUCUACAUUAGUGAGCAGCCGAUAAUCGAGACCGAGAAGAGCUUCGAGUCCAUUGAGAAGAAUCGCUUUAGGUCCUUUUGGAAGUACGUCGGUUACACGGCACUCGUGUGGCUCGUUUGCAUCUGUUCCUUUGCAUUUAACUACUACCGGGAGAAUCGAUCUCAUCUCAAUUACGCCGUAAGUUUCUCCAUGGCCUUCCAUGGCUUUGCGGCCCUCUACGCCCUUAUUGGAAAGAAUCAGCAGAUCCAGAACUUCCUGAGGCGAAUAGAUAAUGAGGAGGACACCUGCGAGAACUCGGUCCCUUUGUCAAGUUUCGCUUGAAAUUUCGAAAUUUGAUUUGAGCAGACAGUUUUGUGGCCACUGUACAGUUUUAGUGCAACUAAAAGCAAUUAGUCGUGACGGCAACCUCUGAGCAAUGGCUGUCAGCGUAGACACA